UCCACAAAGAGAAUGCCAACAGAAUCCAAGCAAAGAUUAUCGCUGAGGCAGCUAACGGACCGACUACUCCUGCUGCAGAUAAGAUUCUCCUUGAACGCGGAAACUGCCUCAUCAUCCCUGACAUGUACGUCAACUCUGGUGGUGUGACUGUCUCAUACUUCGAAUGGUUGAAGAAUCUUAACCACGUCUCUUACGGUCGACUUAGCUUCAAGUAUGAAGAGGACUCCAACCGAAUGCUUCUGCAAUCUGUACAAGAUUCAUUGGAGAAGGCUAUCGGCAAGGAAGCUCCUGUGAUUCCAAAUUCUGCAUUUGCUGCUAAAAUUGCUGGAGCUAGUGAAAAGACUUUCGGAAGCGAAAUCUAA